CUCCCUAACCCCACCUGACGGCCCCUCUUGUCACUCUUCGGCGUCUCGGCCAAUCACAAUCCUCGACGCCAGGAUCGGGGCGGGGCCCAUGCAAAUCAGUGACUCCACCGCGGGGCCCAUAGUGAUACACUGGAUUCGAGGCAAUCCCGGCGGGGAACCAGGAGCUCCUAAUCUGUCCGUCUGCCCGCCCGUCCAUCUGUCCCGCCCCCUCACCAUCCCCGGACCCCCGAGACCCCGGCUCCUGGGGCCUGUCAUCCUCCAGUGGGGGAAGGAUCUCCAGCCCCAGCGCCAGGGAGAGCAGCGAGAAACGAGGAGCAUCCCUCCCCCCCCAGGCUGGGCCAUGGGGAAAGGAAACAGCAAACUGGCCCCCGAGGUGCUGGAGGAUCUUGUGCAGACCACGGAAUUCAGCGAGCAGGAGCUGAAACAGUGGUACAAGGGCUUUCUGAAGGACUGUCCCAGCGGCAUCCUCAACCUGGAGGAGUUUCAGCAGCUCUAUGUCAAGUUUUUCCCAUAUGGGGAUGCCUCUAAGUUUGCCCAGCAUGCCUUCCGCACAUUUGACAAGAAUGGGGAUGGGACCAUCGACUUCAGGGAGUUCAUCUGUGCCCUGUCGGUCACCUCUCGAGGCAGCUUCGAGCAGAAACUCAACUGGGCCUUUGAGAUGUAUGACCUGGAUGGGGACGGACGCAUCACUCGCCUGGAGAUGCUGGAGAUCAUUGAGGCUAUCUACAAGAUGGUAGGAACAGUCAUCAUGAUGCGCAUGAACCAGGAUGGGCUGACCCCUCAGCAGCGUGUGGACAAGAUCUUCACCAAGAUGGACCAGGAUAAAGAUGACCAGAUCACCCUGGAGGAGUUCAAGGAGGCCGCCAAGAGUGACCCAUCCAUUGUGCUCCUGCUGCAAUGUGACAUGCAGAAGUAGGGGGAGCCUGCCCCUGCCCAGGGCAUCUCUGUGUCCUAUCCUGGGUCUCCCUGUCCCCAGGGCACUCCUGUGUCCCAGCCCCUUCUGCCCAGGGCCUCCUCGUGUCCUCUUCCUGCCCGCGCCCCAGCCCUCCUCCUCCUCAGAGCCUCUCACUUUCCAACCCUCCGCCCUGGACCUUUCCCCCACAGUCUUCCAGUGUUCUAUACUUUUUUUGUCCACCUCAGAGCCUCUCCAAAUCUCCCUCCCCAGGGCCCCAGCCCUGUUCCACCCUAGACCUCCCUCUCCCCAGGGUUUCUCUCUUUGUCCCAGGUAUCCCCCAACCCCUAUCUCCCAGCUGUGGUCCACCCCACCCCUUCCAAGGUUCCCCCAUCCCAGGGUCUUCCAGGAACCCAGCCCUCUUAGCCCUGGGCUCCCUUCCUGUGCCAUUCCUUCCCCAGCCCUCCAGUUUUGUAUCUGGUUCCCCCUCCUCUCCUUUGAAUUUGCUGGCAAAGCUUAGGGGCAGGCCUUGAGGAGGGGGCUAUUUUGAGCCCCAAAUUCAUCCCAUCCUGACCCAACACUCUAUUGCUGGGUCCUUGGCCAGUUCUUUCCCAGGGAGAUGUCCCUGUUCCUGGUCCCUUCUCCAGGCCCCCCAUGCCUAGUAAGGGAAUUACCCAGGAAGCAGCUUGCUAUGAUCUAAGAGGCCUCUAUUCAGAGUCAGCAGACCUGGGUUUGAGAUCCAGCUCGGCUCCUUCCUGGCUAUGUGACUGUGGUCAAGUCACCUCAUCACUCUCAACCUCAGUUUCCCCAUCUGUAAAAUGAGGGGGUUGGACUAGAUAAUCACUCUUACUCUAAAUCUUACCAGCCUAUGAAUCUCCUUUAGAACUUCUUCCCCCGGAUCACCUGAGAAAGAAGAGAAGACCCUCACCCUGCCCAGUUCAUGGGAGACCCUCCAAUCCCAUCCCCCAAACCCACUCACUUCUCUGAACCCACUGGAGGUGGGAAGAAGAUAAAGCGGAUUCACUGGGCCUCUCCUGAACAUCCGUCCCCACUUCAAGGACACUUCCCUUCCUCUUCCCAAGACAUGCUUCUUUGGAGGUCUUUAUUCUAGGCCUUCAUUGGGCUGGACCUGGACCCUCCAAAGGGAGUGAAUUCUGCCCUGGUGAAUGCUGGGAAGAGCAGUAAGUACAUAUCCCCAGUGGUCCUCCCCCAACUUUUUUUUUUAACAUUUUCAUGUUUCUGGCUAUUAUGCCCAAUAACAAAUAACUCCAAAGGCCCCAAAGGCCAUAUACAAAAUGGAGGUGACCUCCUUGACCUCCUGCUUCUAGAUCCUGACACUCCUCAAAAGCAGUCUUGGGGCCUGAACCUUCCUUAAUGGGGUCCUUUCUGGCUCCAGGACUUAGGGAGAGAGAUUCACGGAAAGGAAGAAGUGAGAGGAAGGACAGGGCCUUGCAAAGGUUAUGGUAGGUAUGAAGUCACAACUGAAUCAGAGGGAGGGAGCUGUCCUGUUCAGUGGUCACUGGGUGGCCUGGGCCUCCGGGCCAAGAAAGUCACACUCAGGGAGAUCUAGAAAUGUAGAAAUCAAGCUGGAGGAAGGAGAUCAUCAGAAACACUUUCUCUCCUCUUUCAGAGGAAAAAGUGAAAAUUUGGGGGAAGGCUAAAAGAGAUCCACUUCUUCCUUUUCUAAUCCAAAGUCACUUCAUUCUUUGCGGUGAAUGUGCUGAAUUUGCUGCCAAAUCUGGUUUGCUAGCUUCAGUUAAAAAGCUGAGGCUGCACAGAGGCCCAUGCACUGGUCACUGUGUAUUUUAGUUACUAGCGGAGGGAGCUGAGCUGCUGCUGCUACUGCUGCUGCUGGACAGGAGGAGGCAUGAUCCUGCCAUGAUGGCUUCUUGUUGGUUUUGGGCAAUGUCACUUGAUUCAAAUCCAUUCAACAAAGAUUCAGGGAUAGAAAGAUAAAAAAGACAAUAGUCCUUGCUCUCAGAUAGCUUACAUUCUAUUAGAGACUAUAACACUGAACACAAGCAAGUGCAAAGGGUACGAGAAAUAAUGUCAAGCAAUUUCAUGAGGGAGAGAGACCCAGAGAUAGGCUACUAGUAGAUUUUUUAUAUAUGUAUAGGGAAAGAGACAGAGACAGAGACAGAGGCAAAGACAAGGAGAAAGAGAAAAGGAGAGAAAGAGAGAAGGAAAGAGAGGGAGAAGGAUAAGAGAAAGAAGAGAGAAGAAAGAAUGGGGAGAAGAGACUGAAAGUGGAAAGAGGGAGAGUGGGAGGGAGAUGUAGGAAAGAGAAAGAGGAGAGAAAGGGAAAGAGAAGAGAAAGGAGUCAGAGAAAUAGGAGAGAAGAGAGAGGAAAAGAGGGAAGGAGAGAGACAAAGGAAGGAAAGAAGGAAGGAAGGAUGGGAGGGAGAAAGAAGAAACAGAAAACAGAAAAAGAAAGGAAGGAAGGGUGCAAGGAAGAGAGAAAUAAAGAAAGAGAAGGAAAAAAGAGAAUGAUAUACUGAGAAAGAAAGAAAAAAGAAACAGAGAGAAAGGAAGGAAGGGGAGAGAGAGGGAGGGAGGAAGGAAGAAAGGAAGGAAGGAAAGCAGAUAGAGAAAGAAGAGAAAAAGAAACAGAAAAGAAAGGAAGGAUAUAAGGAAGAGAGAAGGAAAAAAUAAAGAAAGAGAAAAAGAGAGAGAAAGUGGUAAAGGAAGAAAGAAGGAAAGAGAAAGAAAUAUAGAAAGGAAGGGAGGAAAGAAAGAAAAUAGAGAAAAAAGAGAAAAAAGAAACAGAAAAAGAAAGGAAGGAAGGAUGCAAGGAAGAGAGAAAGAAAAGGAAAAAGAAAGAAAGAAAAAAGAGAGAAAGUGAUAGAAGGGAAGAAAGAAGAAAACAAAUAAAGAAAAAAGAAAGGAAGGAGGGAGGGAAGGAAGAAAGGAGGGAAAGUAGAUAGAGAAAGAAGAGAAAAAAGAAACAGAAAAGAAAGAAAUGAAGGAAAGGAAGGAAGGAAGGAGGGAGGGAGGAAAGGAAAGAAAGAAGGGAGGGAAGCAGAGAAAAAAGAGAAAAAAGAAAGAGAAACAGAGAGAAAAAAGGAAGGAAAGAUGCAAGGAAGAGAGAAAGUGAGAAGGAAAAAAGAAAGAAAGAAAAAGAGAUAGAGAGAAAGUGAUAUAAAGGAAGAAAGAAGGAAAGAGAAAGGAAGGAGGGAAGGAUGGAGGAAAGGAAGAAGGUAAGGAAGGAAGGAGGGAGAGAGGAAAGGAAGGAAGUUAGGAAGGAAAGAAGGGAGGGAGGAAGGAAGGGAGGGAGGAAGGAAGGGAGAGAGAGGAAGGAAGGAAGAGAGAGAAAGAAAGAAAGUAAGAAGGAAAAAGAAAGAAAAAAGAUAACAAGAGAAAGAAAGAAAGGCAGGAAGGCAGAUAGAGAAAGAAAAGAGGAAAAAAAGAAAGAGAAAAAGAAAGGAAGGAAGAAUGCAAGGAAGAAAGGAUACAAGGAAGAUAGAGAAAGAGAGAGAAAGAAAAAAGAAAGAAAGCAAUAGAGAGAGAAAGGAAGGAAGGAAGGCAAGAAGGGAAGAGAAAAAGGAAAGAUAAAAAGGGAAAGAAGAAUGCAAGCAAGGGAGAAGGAAAAAAAAGAAAGAGAUAGAGAGAAGGGAAGGAAGGAAGAGAAAGAAGAAAGAGAGAAAAGAGAAAAAGGAAGGAAGGAUGCAAGGAAGAGAGAAAGGGAAGGAAAAAGAAAGAAAAAAAGAGAGAAAGUGAUAGAAGGGAAGAAAUAAGGAAAGAGAAAGGAAGAAACAAAGAAAAAAGGAAGGAGGGAGGGAGGGAAGGAAGGAGGGAAAGCAGAUAGAACAAAGAGAAAAAAGAAAGAAAAAGAAAGAAAAGAAGGAAAGGAAGGAAGGAAGGAGGGAGGGAGGGAAGCAGAUAGAGAAAGAAGAGAAAAAGAAAGAAACAGAGAGAAAAAGAAAGGAAGGAAAGAUGCAAGGAAGAGAGAAAGAAAGUGAGGAGGAAAAAGAAAGAAAAAAGAGAUAAAGUGAUAGAAAGGAAGAAAGAAGGAAAGAGAAAGGAAGGAAGGAAAGGAGGGAGGGAGGAAAGGAAGGAAGUUAGGAAGGAAGGGAGAGAGGAAGGAAGGGAGAGAGAGGAAGGAAGGAAGAAAGAGAAAGAAAGUGAGAAGGAAGAAAGAAAAAUAGGAAGACAAGAAGGCAGAUAGAGAAAGAAAAGAGAAAAAAGAAAGAGAAAAAGAAAGGAAGGAAGGAUGCAAGGAAGAGAAAUAAAGAGAGAAUGAAAAAAGAGAAAGAUAGAGAAAAAAGAAAGAAAGCGAUAUAGAGAGAGAAAGGAAGGAAGGCAAGAAUGGAAGAGAAAAAGGAAAGAUAAAAAAGAAGGGAAGGAAGAAUGCAAGCAAGAGAGAAAUAAAAAAGAGAGAAGGUUGGGGGCAGCUGGGUAGCUCAGUGGAUUGAGAGCCAGGCCUAGAGACGGGAGGUCCUAGGUAAAAUCUGGCCUCAGAACCCUGGGUAAGUCACUUAACCCCCAUUGCCUAGCCCUUACCACUCUUCUGCCUUGGAGCCAAUCCACAGUAUUGACUCCAAGACAGAAGGUAAGGGUUAAUAGAAAAAAAAAUAUUUUUUAAAGAGAGAGAAGGAAAAAGAGAAAGAAAGAAGAAAGAGAUAGAGAUAGAGAAAGUGAUAGACAGAAAGGAAGAGAAAGAAGAAAGAGAAAAGAAAGAGAGAAAAAGAAAGGAAGGAAGGAUCCAAGGAAGAGAGAAAGAAAGAAGGAAAAAGGAAAGAGAGGAACAAAGAGAAAGAAAAAGAAAGGCAGAAAGGAUGUAAUGAAGAGAGAUAAAGAAAAAGAGAAGGAAAAAAGAGAGAAAGGAAGAAGGAAGAGAGAAGAAAAAGAGAAGAAAGAAACAGACAUAAAGCAAAAACGAGAGAGAGAGAGAGAGAGAGAGAGAGAGAGAGAGAGAGAGAGAGAGAGAGAGAGAGAGAGAGAGGAGAGAGGAAACAACAAAGCGAACUGAAGACAUUGUCCCAAUUCUAUCCAGAUGAAGAAAAUGAUUGGUUGUGGAGAGGCCCAGCAAAUACAUAUAGUCUUCACUUUCAGAAAGGAGAACUGAGCCUCCACCCCAGAAAAACACACACACACACACACACACACACAGCAAAACCCAUCAUCAAAUACAACUCUUUGCUACCUAGAAUUUUUUUCUAAUCCACCUUAAUUUUGAGCUUUUACUAUCACUGCUUCCUGCUUCCCUUUUUUUCUUUGGAUUUUGGACUUUUGAAAGGAAAAUUUUCUCAGAAUAGAAAUGAUUCAAUUCAAGAAACAAUUAUUAACCACCUACUAUGUGCAACCCCCUAGGACAAGUUCUGGGGGUGGGGGGAUGAAAAACAGCCCAGGCCCUGCCCUCGCAAGGCUUAUAGUCUCCCAGAGAAGCUUGUCUCUUCUUUCCCUUUUCCUGUAGGUCUGUUUGCUUCUUGAUAUGAUGAAAUGUUUCCAAAUUCAGAUAACUCUUUUUAUGUAUGUGCUGCAAAGGAGUCAGCAAGACCCAGACGUGGGAGCUUGUGUUGUGCAAAGACCCCAGCCCCAGUUAUAGGGUGGAUAAGCCCGGCAGGACCCCUGCCUGCAUUCCUAGACCAGACGCCUGCAAUGUGCUCCAAGGGGAGCCCACUGCCUUCUCCUCAGCCCAGUGCUUAUUCGAAACGUAGCCAAAUGCAGAGGAAGGUCCCUCGUCCCUACUGUUCCUGGAAGGACUUCUUUGGAGGCCAUCUAACGACCUACCCUGGUUGGAAUCCUCCCACCACAACCUGCCCAACGGGAGGGCAUCAUCUUCUUUCCAUGUGAAGCCCUCCAAUGACAGGUGGUUUGCCGCCACCUCCAAGGGUGGCCCGUUACUGCCUGUUUAGGCCAGCUUCCUUUGGUAGGAAAUUUGUCCUUAAAUCCAUCUAAAAUCUGCCUCCCUGAGAUUCCACCUAGAGUUCCUAGUUCUGCCCUCUGGGGUCUGGCUGAGCCGUUAAUCCCCCUAUUGCACAACGUAUCUAUCCAACUGUAGAGAAUCUCAGAAGCAGAAAUCUGCCAGGAUAUGAACUAGCAAAGUCCAUUUUAUCCUCAGCACGGGCCCUCCAUCUUCCACAGGAAGAUCCCAUCUCUCCCCUAGCUUGUGGAUGUGGCCAAUUUGUCACCUGAUGGUGACUUUCCUUGUACCUUGCUAGACUGAUCCUCAGCUGACACCCACAAUCCAUCACAGACCCUCAGCUUGAAACAUUUUGUCCUUGGAAGGUUCUGCCUCAGUUUCCACCCUUCUAGCAUAGCCUUUAAGAGCCCCUAAUCAUUCCCUCGACCCCUUGGCGUAGCAGGGAGUCAUCCCAGGAGGAGGAUGCUAAAAGGUACUUGAAUCUUCAGAAUUUAGAGACAGUUAGCCUCUUACCUUUCAAUGAAGUCAGCUUUCUUACCUCCCUUUGGUGGAGUUCCAGGUCCCAGGAUUAGGGGGUCCCAUGUCCAGCUGCCUUCCAGUCCCAAAUCCUCUCGACUUGCUCCUCCCCUCUGCCUCCAGCUUCCAAAGCAUCUUAUUUCGUAGCUUGAUGGGAACAAACGGAUACCACUGCCACUGUCCAUACCACUCCCAUCCCUCCAAGGGGGGCAAAAAAUAUACCCAGUAGCCUCUAGACCAGGUCAACAAUAGGAGAGUCCAUUAGUAAAGAAGGCACUGAAUCCUUCCAUUUCAGAUCAGAGGAAGGGUCCCUGCCUUUGGUCCUGAGCUUCCUAUUCUCCAUCCUCUGUAGAAAGGGACCGUAAUGAUCUCACACCAGGGAUCAUUUUGCAUAAGAAUCUUCCUAUCACAGCAUCAUCUGAUUGUGAUUCCAGGAAUGUAAUAGCCAGAUGGCGAGACAUGAGCACCUCAUCUUAAAUAUUGCACUUAUUACUCUUUUAAAAAAUCACAGUUCAAUAUUCUUUAGUUUUUCCAGAAAUCUGAAAAGUACUUAGGAAAAAAAAAGCCAAUUUCUCCCUCCUGAAAUAUGUCUGUUUUAUUUUGGGGAAUCUUCUAGUGUGUUCCCCUAGACAGUGUUGGGAUCACCCAGAGACUGUGCCUGGAGCAGGGACCCAGGACACCCACAGCAGAGCUGGGAGUUGAGGGACUUCAGGGCCAGGGAUCCCCACCUUGCCCUGAAUGGUUAAGGGUCCAUCUUGAGGGGUUCUGGCCAGGCAAAACCGAGAGAAGCCACAAUGCCCUCCUCCCCACCUCUCCCAGCUGGGGCAGGGACAUGAAGCGGAGGUUCCCCAAAGGAGUUUCUCCUCCCCUGGCUCUUUGGUGGAUCUGUGGGGGCUGGGGUGCUCUGAGACCGAAAGGUGCCAGCUUGUCCUUCCCCUCUACUCCAAAGCACCAGACCCACAUGCCCAGGUCCCUUCCCAGCCAGAUGUGGAGUUUCCAGCUGUGUCCACGUGGGAGUGACUGUCAUAAUUGUUAGACCAUGUGCAGUGUGAUAUUUUUUUAACAGACAAAUAAUAAAAAGUGUAACAGUG